GGCGCGCCCUCAAGGCAGAAGGAUCCUGGGCCGGGCAGGAUGGAUCUUCACCCUUCCGUGACCGGCUAUUAUCAAGUGCUUCGCAAUGAGGAAAACCAUACGGAAUCCCCGGCGGUGGAGCAGCCUUCCACGUCCUUGCAGAUUACACCCCUGACAGCACCCCAGAGGACUACUUCGCCUCCUACGCCUGCACUGACAUUCCCAGAUUUGGGCGCCUCCCCUCUACCCUAUGGCCGGGGCCCCCCGGAGGCCUCGACCACCUCUGAAACCGAAUGUCCCUGCGAGCUCUACCCUGUGCCACCACCCUAUAGUGUGGCCACAUCCCUUCCCACAUACGAUGAGGCUGAGAGGGCCAAAGCAGCGGCCUUGGCUGCCAGCGCCGCCCCCUCUGGGGAGCCCACCCAGAGAGAAAACGACUUCCCUUCCAGGGAGGACUCAACCUCCAAUGACUCUGAGCAGCUACGAGUGGGCAAUGAUGGCAUCUUCAUGGUGGCCUUCUUCAUGGCCUUCAUCUUCAACUGGAUUGGAUUUUGCUUAUCCUUCUGUACAACUAACUCCAUAGCUGGGAGAUAUGGUGCCCUCUGUGGAUUUGGCCUUUCCUUGACCAAGUGGAUCCUCAUCGUCAGGUUUUCAGAUUACUUUACUGGAUACUUCAAUGGACAGUACUGGCUUUGGUGGAUAUUUCUUUUAAUUGGCCUCCUGCUUUUCUUCAGAGGAUUUUACAGUUACCUGAAAGUCAGGAACAUUUCAGAAAGAUUGGAUACUACCCAUAGAACAAGAUACAUCUUCUCAAGUUAA